GGAGAGGACGCGAGCCCGGAGCUCCGGGCACUGAGCUCUUGGGCGCCCCCAACCCAGUUUUCAGAACCCUCCACGCUGCGGCCACUGUCCCCUCCGGACCAUGGCCGACGACGACGUGCUGUUCGAGGAUGUGUACGAGCUGUGCGAGGUGAUCGGCAAGGGUCCCUUUAGUGUUGUACGGCGAUGUAUCAACAGAGAAACUGGGCAACAAUUUGCUGUAAAAAUUGUUGAUGUAGCCAAGUUCACAUCAAGUCCAGGGUUAAGUACAGAAGGUAAGAGAUGGAUUUCAAAUCUAAAGCGGGAAGCCAGUAUCUGUCAUAUGCUGAAACAUCCACACAUUGUAGAGUUAUUGGAGACAUAUAGUUCAGAUGGAAUGCUUUACAUGGUUUUUGAAUUUAUGGAUGGAGCAGAUCUGUGUUUUGAAAUCGUAAAGCGAGCUGAUGCUGGUUUUGUGUACAGUGAAGCCGUAGCCAGCCAUUACAUGAGACAGAUACUGGAAGCUCUGCGCUACUGUCAUGAUAAUAACAUAAUUCACAGGGAUGUGAAGCCCCACUGUGUUCUCCUCGCCUCAAAAGAAAACUCGGCACCUGUUAAGCUUGGGGGCUUUGGAGUAGCUAUUCAGUUAGGAGAAUCUGGACUGGUCGCUGGAGGACGCGUUGGAACACCUCACUUUAUGGCCCCAGAAGUAGUCAAGAGAGAGCCUUACGGAAAGCCUGUCGAUGUCUGGGGCUGUGGCGUGAUCCUUUUCAUCCUGCUCAGUGGCUGUUUGCCUUUCUACGGAACCAAGGAAAGAUUGUUUGAAGGCAUUAUUAAAGGAAAAUAUAAGAUGAAUCCAAGGCAGUGGAGCCAUAUCUCUGAAAGUGCCAAAGACCUAGUUCGCCGCAUGCUGAUGCUGGAUCCCGCUGAAAGGAUCACUGUUUAUGAGGCUCUCAAUCACCCAUGGCUUAAGGAGCGGGAUCGUUAUGCCUACAAAAUUCAUCUUCCAGAAACAGUGGAACAGCUGCGGAAAUUCAAUGCAAGGAGGAAACUAAAGGGUGCAGUACUAGCUGCUGUGUCGAGUCAUAAAUUCAACUCCUUCUACGGGGACCCUCCUGAAGAGUUGCCGGAUUUCUCUGAAGACCCUACCUCCUCAGGACUUCUAGCAGCAGAAAGAGCCGUCUCUCAGGUGCUGGACAGCCUGGAAGAGAUCCACGCACUUACAGACUGCAGUGAAAAGGACCUAGAUUUUCUACACAGUGUUUUCCAGGAUCAGCAUCUUCACACACUGCUAGAUCUCUAUGACAAAAUUAACACAAAGUCUUCACCACAAAUCAGGAAUCCUCCAAGCGAUGCAGUACAGAGAGCCAAAGAGGUAUUGGAAGAAAUUUCAUGUUACCCUGAGAAUAAUGAUGCAAAGGAACUAAAACGCAUUUUAACACAACCUCAUUUCAUGGCCUUACUUCAGACUCACGACGUAGUGGCACAUGAAGUUUACAGUGAUGAAGCAUUAAGGGUCACACCUCCUCCGACCUCUCCCUAUUUAAAUGGUGAUUCUCCAGAAAGCGCUAACGGAGACAUGGACAUGGAGAAUGUGACCAGAGUUCGGCUGGUCCAGUUCCAAAAGAACACAGAUGAACCAAUGGGAAUCACUUUGAAAAUGAAUGAGCUAAAUCAUUGUAUUGUUGCGAGAAUCAUGCACGGGGGUAUGAUUCACAGACAAGGUACACUCCAUGUUGGUGAUGAAAUUCGAGAAAUCAAUGGCAUCAGUGUCGCUAACCAAACAGUGGAACAACUACAAAAAAUGCUGAGGGAAAUGCGGGGGAGUAUUACCUUCAAGAUUGUGCCAAGCUACCGCACUCAGUCUUCAUCCUGUGAGAGAGAUUCCCCCUCCACUUCCAGACAGUCCCCUGCUAAUGGUCAUAGCAGCACUAACAAUUCUGUUUCGGACUUGCCGUCAACCACCCAACCAAAAGGACGACAGAUCUAUGUAAGAGCACAAUUCGAAUAUGAUCCAGCCAAGGAUGACCUCAUUCCCUGCAAAGAGGCUGGCAUCCGAUUCCGAGUUGGUGACAUCAUUCAGAUUAUUAGUAAGGAUGACCACAACUGGUGGCAGGGUAAACUGGAAAACUCCAAAAAUGGAACUGCAGGUCUCAUUCCUUCUCCUGAACUUCAGGAAUGGCGAGUCGCUUGCAUUGCCAUGGAGAAGACCAAACAAGAGCAGCAGGCCAGCUGUACUUGGUUUGGCAAGAAAAAGAAGCAGUACAAAGAUAAAUAUUUGGCAAAGCACAACGCAGUGUUUGAUCAAUUAGACCUUGUCACAUAUGAAGAAGUAGUCAAACUGCCAGCAUUCAAAAGGAAAACACUAGUCUUGUUAGGUGCACAUGGUGUCGGGAGAAGACACAUAAAAAACACCCUCAUCACAAAGCACCCAGACCGGUUUGCGUAUCCUAUUCCACAUACAACCAGACCUCCAAAGAAAGAUGAAGAAAAUGGCAAGAAUUACUACUUUGUAUCUCAUGACCAAAUGAUGCAAGACAUCUCAAAUAAUGAGUACUUGGAGUACGGCAGCCAUGAGGAUGCAAUGUAUGGGACAAAACUGGAGACCAUUCGGAAAAUCCACGAGCAGGGGCUGAUUGCAAUACUGGACGUGGAGCCUCAGGCGCUGAAGGUCCUGAGAACUGCCGAGUUUGCCCCCUUCGUGGUGUUCAUCGCGGCGCCGACUAUCACUCCAGGGUUAAAUGAGGAUGAAUCCCUCCAGCGCCUGCAGAAGGAGUCCGAUGUCUUACAGAGAACAUACGCACACUACUUCGAUCUCACAAUUAUCAACAAUGAAAUUGAUGAGACAAUCAGACAUCUGGAGGAAGCUGUCGAGCUCGUGUGCACAGCCCCACAGUGGGUCCCGGUCUCCUGGGUCUAUUAGGCUUCUCCCUGGCUAGCUGAGUAUAAAACUGGGAGCUGCCUCCUACAUGGAAAAGCCUCUUUGUUAUCGGCCUUGUGUCAGCAGGUCGUGGUCCCUAGAGACUACCUAGUUGUAGUGUGACCUACAUUUACAAUUAUUGUCAUGUCCGAAUAGAUAGGAGGAGAAAAACAAUUACACACUAAUUUAAAGAGACAGUAUCUUUUUUAAUCAGUUCUCCUAAACUUUAAUAAAAUGUAUCUUUAAAUGUAUGUAUUAUUCAAUCCUUUGGAAUGUUAUAUUUUUGGAAAUCAUAGCUUUUUAUUUCCAAGGCCCCUAAAAACUGCACAAAAUAGAUGCUGCUUUCUAUAAUCUAUUUUAAUAAUAAUAAACAAUGAUUCUGUUACCUUGACUGGGGGUGGAACACUACAUUCUUUUUAGAGUCUGAUUUUAUGGAUUGGAAUAUCUUUCUUUCCUUUAUUUAUUUGAAAUAAUUAGUCUAGUGAUUACAAAACAGUCAUAAAUUUUUAAAGGCCUUUUUUCUCUCUCUUUUUUUUAAGUCCUUUAUGUAACAUCCAGAUACUGUGAUACUGUCUCUUUGAAGCACCCUGUAAACCUUUUAGAAAUUUGAAGUUGGGUCUUGACUCUUAAUGCAUGUGGACAGUCGCGAGCGUUUAUGCUGUCGGUGUGUCUGUGUUGGACAAAACAAUCUGUAAUUACAGCCAAGUACAUUCCGUUCACGGGGCACACCCAGGGGAAUAAGAAUAAAUUGCUAUUAUGACUAAGUUGUAAACCUAUGCACAUCCCUUGCAUUUCGGGCAACUUUAUAAAACAGAAAAAAAAAAGAAACUGAUUUUUAUUAAUAAUAAUCACGUAGUGAAAUGUGUUUGUAAUUUUGUCUCAAUUUAAUUUGUUGUAAGGGGGAGGGGGUAUUGCUGGUUUCGCCAUUUCAGAUCUGUGUUGUCUAAGAGUAUUAACGUUUUAAUUAAGCAAAGAAAUGCGGAUUUUUAAUCUGUAUGUAAUUGUUUUAAGCACCCACUUAAAGAGAAUAUACUGUGCAAUGAAGAAACCAGUUUAGGCAUUUGCUAUAAACUGAAUUAUUCCAAAAGAAUAAUCUAUAACAGCUCUGUAAAUUCCUUUAAAUUGAUAACUAACAGGACAGUCUGACCAAUUUUUUUUUUAAAUAUACUUCAUUGUAUGUGUUCAAUAAUUAAAUGCCUUUGGGUCCUUCAUUUCGUUACAGAUUUGUUCGGGUCUCCAAGCUGCUAAUCUUUUCAGUUUUAAAAUUCGAUAGAUGCUCACUGACCCAUGAAAGGCCCAGGAAUGAGUAUCGGUUGGCAGGGCAACAACGCAGCCUGCCAGAGCACAGCUUGGAACACAUCUGAGUCGAAGGGCCGCCUGUGGCCUCUCCUUCCUCUUGCUCUAUCCCUUGGCACAGGGGAGUCACCUGUCCUUGUUGCUGUAGAAACAGGCUCCAUCUCAUCCCCUGCCAUGCUGUCAAUUCCCUAGAGGAGGUCCAGACUGGGAUUCUCAGACUUUGCCAGAGGUCACUAGAGGGUGUGCGAGAACAAGGCAUUGACAUGACUCUGGUCCUUGGAAACACACCAUCACUUUCACUGCCUGUGGGUCAGGUGGCCUCCGUCACUUUGUGCCUUGGCAGGAUUUCAGAACCAGUUCUGGGCUGAACAGCUCCUCUUGGGCACUGAGCAGAGAAGGCAUGUUUGCGCUCAUACUCCUUCUAUUCUCAACAUCCCACCCUCCCCAACUAUUAUUACAUGAUAUCAUUUGGUUUCUGUUUGUAGACGAUUCUUUAUCAGUGCCCAGAUGGGUCACAACUUACCAACAAGAUAUUGUAAGAAUAACAACUUGUGUUUGGUCCCACAGUGGAGUGACCAGAUACCACACCAGAGACAGGCUCAACAGUGGGCUCUUGCUAGGUGGAGGGAGAAGACUCCAGGAGUUGCUUCGGGCUGUGUCGUACUGACCUCGGUCUAAUGGUGCAGGCCAGACACCAUUAUUGCAGUAGUACUGACCAAAAGCCACUCUGUCUGUUCAGUGGCUCGGUACCUGCUCUACCUCUUCCAGUAAAGCACAAAGAAGACCACAACUAACCAUGGCAAACAGAACUGUCCCUCCCUCUGUCGACUCCCUCAGGCCCCCCCACCCCACCCCACCCCACCCCACCCACCACCACCCCGUGCUCUUGAGAGCACGUCUCCAGAGAUGCUGGGAAGGCCUAUCUGUAGCCAUCUACCGCAUUCCUCCAGGUAGAGAGAGCAUCACCAAGUGAGGCCAGCUUCAAUGUCUGUGACCCCAGACUGAGAGAAGAAGUGCUCUGGCACUUGGGGGGGCCUUCUGGGGACUCCGAGAGAAGAGCCCAGGCAGGCAUCCUUCCUGCCCUUGUGUGGGUGGGGGAAAGCCCGCACCUAGAACGCAGCGAUUUCCCCCCAGGUCAUCUGUCCUUUGCCACUAAUGCACAGCUCUACAGCAGUGUGUUUAUGACUUCGAGAGGAAACACUUCAGAAGUCAAAGUACUAGGAGUACAGUAGUACCUGGAGCCAGCAGAGGCUAUUGCUAAAAGCUUCCUGACUGCCUCCAUUUCAUCAGCAGAAACACACACACACACACACACACACACACACACACACAUACACACACACACACACACCCUUUUAAAGACUAAAGCAAACGAUCAGAGAUCACUAAAUCAGUGGCCAGUUGAAUCAUAUGUCAGGUCCUCUCUGCCACCCCAUCCGCACUCACCACAACAGGAGAGGGAGUGUUUGGAUCUCCUACAUUCUUUGUUUAAAAGACGCAGUGGCCUGAUUUUCUAGUCACAAGGCAGUAAUUAUUUCUCACAUGCAUCGUAUUCCUAUCUGCACACUGAAAAGGAAAGUGUCACUCAGUUUAAUUCAUCUGGAUGUUUCCCAGUGUCGAGAGAACAUCAUAACAUUUUUAGAUGCACCCCCUGUCAGGUGAGAUGGUUUCAGAAAGGCAAAGAAGUCAGUUGACCUACUUCUUGCUAUUUGCAUUCAGAAGGCAGAGUCCCAGCUGGUCCUAUUGGUGGCAGGAUAAGUGAAGCCACAGGGCCCCUUCCCACUGUCCAAGGCCUGGAGCAGGCAGGCCAAGCCGUCCUUUAAAGCUACUGUUAUCUUCUCAAGCUUUUCAUCCCAGAGUUCUCUUGUUUUUCAGUCAGGAUUCUCUUCAUUAAGGCUACCGGUUUAUUCUUCGCCAAAGUUCAGUCAAUUGAGCCACCCUCCAGGAACUACCCAGAAUGGACCCGCCCCUUAAGGAUGAGGCAGCCCAAAGCAUUCUCUUGUCUCGCACUGAUGGGAUGUUCCUUUAGCAUCUCAGGUCAGUUUCUUACGCAGGGCACAAUUAAGCUUCACUUGCCACUAACACUGUCGAGAAAACUGCUUGGUUAGUGAAUUCUUCGUAAAAAUGUCACCUUGGAAAGAAUAGAGGGCACACUGACUAGCAUUCCAAACACAAGUCCCUUGCAGCCCUCGUCACUCCUUGUUUCGGGUCAGCAGCCUGGUGGGCAGCUAGUGGUGACUGUCUGAACUGAGCGCCGCCUUCUCAGCCUAUUCUCCUAACGAGGGCUGUCUAUGCCUAGGCCCACUGAAGCCCCUGUGUGCAUCUUCCUUGUUCGCGCCUCUGGUUAGUUCCUUUAGAAAGAUGCCUUGCUUCUCAGUAUGGCUUUCAGAAGGGCUGCAUGCUCUUCUCGUCACUGCUUUUGUUUGGAGGCACUUGCCCUUUUCUGGCCCCUUUAGACAUAGGAUCUGCCUCCUUAUGUGGCACUUCUGGCUACAGGACCAUAUUUGUGAGGCCUAAUGUGUAAUUGACUGUGCUUGGGCACUGCACAUGUCCAUUUGCCUUAAACUUGUGGGAAGUCUCAGAUUGCCUGGCUUACAGAGUGAAGGUCAGCUAUCACAUCCAUCCAGGAAGUCGGGGGGUGGGGGUGGGGAGAAAGAGUGUCCCAACCUUCCCAUCUACACUUCCUGUUGGUGCCCUUGGCCCACAGCAGCAGCGGCUAUAGGGAGAGAAGGGCACCAUCCCUGGGGCAGAGCAGGCAUCCCCAAGUCUUAGCUGUUAGAGGGAUAGGAGAGAGCAUCCUGACUUCCACCACCUGUCACCUGACCCUCCCUUCAUUAACUCCCUUGGUUGAACCUGUGCAAAUGGACCAAGCAAAAAAAAAAAAAAAAAAUGG